UGUGUGUUGUUGUUACCUUGAACCUAAACCUACGCUACGGUAUCUGUAAUUGGGGAGAGUGAAAGAGAAGAGAGUGUGUUUGUGGCGAUGACAGGGGCGUCUCCACCUCCUUCCGUCGCCGAAAUCCGUUCUCUAUUCCGUUCCCUUUUACGAGUCGCUCGCCAGUUCCCAGAUUACAACAUCAGGGAAUACACUAAACGACGCACCAUCGAUGCGUUUCGUCAAAACUCCACCCUUUCCGACCCUUCUUCCGUUUCCUCAGCCUUCUCUCACGGCAAGUCUCAGCUUGAGGUCGCUAAACGACAGGCCGUUGUUUACUCUCUCUACGCCCCUCCUCUUCGGAGCAUCAUGGACCUUCAACAAAGGACCUCUUAAUCACGGUGUUGAGUAUGACUCUUAUUGUUCUGUUGAGAGGACAAAUUAGAAAUUUGUGUUUCCUUACUCCGCAUUCAUCUGUUAUGGAACUGGCGACGAAGUGCAAAUCUUUUGAGGUCUCAACUUUCUCUAGGAAAGCAAUAAUUGCUCUUUAUCAUCCGACACUCUUUUUUU